AUGGCAGUUUCUGUGGCUAUGCACCUCUUGGCGUUGGUGCAUCGACGGCGAGUAGCACGGACCCUCGCGGUCACGCUGCUACUGAUUGUGGCUUCUACGUUUCUGCGGCUUCGGCGCCGGCUCCGAGGUGCGAGCACCCUGCCACGGCUUCUCAAGAUCCGUGCGCCACAGGUCUAUGCGGAAGGUACAGCGAGUACCGAAGUUGCGGCCACCAAUGGAAGUGAAGUGACCGCCAACAAGCCAGCCACCCCACCCGCAGCUACGUGCGCAGUGCACGAUUUCGCCAUUUUCAACGUGGGUGAGAACGUCUUGUAUCCUGGUGGUGAGUGGGGUACAGUGGUUGGUAUCGAUGCAGAUGGCGACUUGGAGGUCGUGACUCGAAGCGGCCGAAAGGCCACCUGGUAUGGGCCAAAAUGCUCGAAGACACUGAGCAAAGGCAACCGAGUCAGAUACAGCUGCGGCGAAGUCGCAGAACUUCAGGGUUUUGAUGCAGAUGGUGACCUCUUGGUCAAAAAGAGUGAUGGCAAGAUGGCUUCUUGGUACCUCGCUCACACCGAGAGGCUGUUGAGUGCAGGGGAUAGCGUCAAAUACGUUUGUGGCGAGGUGGCGAGCGUCGUGGGCUUCGAUGCCGAUGGCGACGUGAUUGUCCUCAAGCAGGAUGGCCGCAAAGCAACCUGGUUUGCGCACAAGUGCAUGUGA